GAAGUGCUUGGCCUUCCUUCGGACUUCAAUGCAUCAGAGAUUGAGCACUACAGCCUCAACCUCCUCGCGACAUACGAGCUCAAAAUUCGAGUUGGGCUUGCCUUCGAUCAACUUGAAGAAGUCCGACAGUCUGUCCGUCAUGCUUCCGCUUUCCUUGAUAGCAAGGAGACGCACGCGCAGGGAACGAAGGAGCAUACCCGUGCGAAUACCAAGAUCUCAAAAUCGCGUGAACUUUCGCGACGUCUCGCGGACCGCUAUAACCACAAUGUUGGGUGCAUCAACACUUUGCGCCGCAUUCUAGAUCCACAAGGCGCUUCCUCAGGCUCGGACAUGUCAUCGUGUCUGAAGCUCAUCAACAAACAGAAGGACCUCUUAAUCAGCGACCUUCGCGCGGCGCGGACGAACGGCGAAAGCAAGCAGUCCAGAUCCUGGAUCUGGUCCUAUGUGUGCAAAGCAAGAGGUAUCAUGUAUCAGUUCAACACUAAUAGGGAUAUUGCUAUUGAGUGCACGCAGUGGCAGCGGACACGCGCGGAGAAGACGCGGCACAAUGAAGCCGUAAACAUCCUAUGCGCUGAGUUCCGCCACUCUGUACGUGGGUUUGACAGUCUCCGUAAGGGAUGGGAAAAUGCUGCGGGGUGCACUGGGCUUUCACUGGGACAUAAGGCAUAUGCGCACCAGCAGGCGCAGAUGUAUCUGUGGAUGCGAGACGAAUGCAAGGCGGAGUAUGAUGCGGCGCGUCAAGGCGGCACGGAUGGCGAGCAGCUUGACUAUACUAUGGUGAGUGGCUAUCUCAUUGUUAUGAUCCCUCUGCUUAUUGAUCCAUCUUAA